CGGAGAGGGGAGGUCUGCCGUUCUGCGUAACACCGAUUGUUGUUUUUUUUUUUUUUCCUUCUUCUUCUUUUUUUUUUUUGGGUGUGUGUUUCGUUCAGGGUUCGUUUCGGUUCGAUGUUAGGCCUCUCGUUUCGCGAACAGAGCAGUUGACCGCCUAUGAGCGCCGACAUCGCAGUCCUUUAUUCCGGUUAGUUAGACCCUCCCUAUCGAAGAGGCGCAAUGCCUAGCCACCCGCUGCGUGUGGCGGUCGUGUGCUCGAGUAACCAGAACCGCAGUAUGGAAGCGCACAAUAUCCUCAGCAAGCGUGGAUUUGAUGUGCGAUCAUUUGGGACUGGGUCUCAUGUGAAACUACCCGGUCCUGCUCCGGAUAAACCAAAUGUAUAUGACUUCAAAACAACAUAUGAACAGAUGUACAACGACUUGGUCCGCAAGGACAAGGAACUAUACACACAGAAUGGAAUCCUACACAUGCUGGACCGCAACAAGCGCAUCAAAACAAGACCUGAGCGCUUUCAGAGUUGUAAAGACCAGUUUGACCUCGUCAUCACCUGUGAAGAGAGGGUUUACGACCAAGUUCUGGAGGAUCUGAACUCCAGAGAGCAGGAAACUCUCCAGCCGGUGCACGUCAUCAAUGUAGACAUCCAGGAUAAUCACGAGGAAGCCACGCUCGGGGCCUUCCUCAUCUGUGAGCUGUGUCAGUGUAUCCAGCACACUGACGACAUGGAGAAUGAAAUCGACGAGCUACUACAAGAGUUUGAGGACAAGAGCAACAGGCCUUUUCUCCAUACCGUGUGCUUCUACUGAUACCCCCUCACAAAUCUUGCAAUAAAACGUACCCCAGGACCAGAAGCAAACAAAGUCCUUCAAGAUGCACAUACAUACUUGCAUUUCCCUCAGUAAUCUACACUCGUUUGGUACAAAAUGAGUGCGCACACAUCACACAGAACUUCUUGCAAAGACUUCAUGGCGGUUGUUAGCGAAAAUGAUGAUGGUUUUGUUUUGGUUGCUUUUUGAUUUCCUCUGCAGAGGACAGGCUGAGGCUGUUGCUCUGCCUUUACUCCUGGGUCAAGUUCAGGCCAAAGUCCUCCACCCAUCCCACAGUGAAACCACACAGCCAUGUUACCCUGGAACAAGCAAAUCCCCUCAAAUAACCCCUCAUCCAGCCCUUCUGAGUUUAUGUUCUUUUCUUUCUUUUUUUCUCCUAAAUUGAUGCUGAUCUAGGUUCUGUAUGACAUGAAAUAAUUGUAAUGACUGCGUAUAUGUCCCAUUUUAUGCCUAAACAGGGAUAGUGUAAAUGUUUUAUAUUGGAAUCAGAGGAGGUUUAUAUGAGGUGAGUGCGUGUCUUGGUGUGCAGCUGUGUGUGCUAGGUAGUUGGAGUAACUUAAUAUGGGGGGCCAUAAUUACCAAAUCUGAGACCUUAAGGCUCUCCCCCGGUUUAUUUCUCUAUAAAGUAUUGAUUCAUAUUUAAGGUGAGAUUUGCUGUCCUUCAGGACAUAGUAUUUUUUUCUUUUUCUUUUGUAAAUUGUGAAAGAAUUGAAUUGUAAUUAUUUGCAAACUGCAAGCUCAGUCCAGAGUGCCUGAAUUUCUGUAUGUACAUAAGAAUUCACUAAAGAAACGAACAUCUCACCUUUUGUGACUUGUUUUUUU